AGGAGGACGAUCCUAGGGGCACCCGCGCCUGCAUCCCGGGCCGGCCCAGGGCCCGCGGUCUCCUAGCACCGGCUGCGUGCUGAAUGCCUCUCGGGCUGGACCGCGCAGCGCAACAUCACCCCCACCUUUUCUCCUCCCCCUCUUCCUCUCUUUCCAGCUUCCUCCUUCGCCUUUUUCCCUGGUCCCCCAUCCUCCUCAGCAUCACCACUUUGACCCACCUCCCUGUCCCGAGAAUUGUCACGCGCCCUAAACCUCCUUCCCACUUUUCCAGAGCCGGCUGAUCUUUGAGAUCUGAGGUGCGGGGCUGCAUGAUGCCGUCCCUGAUGGGAACCGAUCUGUGAAGAGAGCCAGAAGUGUGUGUGUCUGUCUAUUGUCCUGAUGCCACACACUCCACCAAAACCAGAGUUUGUCCUCUUGUCACAAAUCAGCUCUGGACUUGUGUGUCCCUCCCUGGGCGUAGAGGCGGUCAGCCUCUUGGAACUCAAGUUGGUGGGAACUCGGUUUCUCGAGUCAGGUAUUACCACCGACUCGGGCUCAGGGCAUCCGAGGAAACCUGACUGAUGAAAGCAGUUUUGGAGUUACAGUUUCCUCAGAGUCUAUGAACACCAGAAGCCUGAGUCCCAUGAAUAUUCAGUGUGUGUGUUUUUGACUUCCUAAACAUUAUAGUCAAGUGAUGCUUUAUUCAGCCGACACCGGGAUGGUGCCUGUAGGUGAGGUGCGAGCACCAGCAGUUUCCCUUCACUCGGGGAGUGGACAUCACUCUGAGUCAGCCAGCUGAUGGAUGAUGAGAACACUAGACCUUAGAGAGUGGAAGUGCCCUGCAGAGGCAGUGAUAUUAGCUGCUGCUCUCUGGUCUCCAUCCCAGGUUUGGACGUCAUGAAAACCCUUUCACGGUGACCGACUGCAUUUGCUAAUGGGACAUAAGGCAAUGCCCUCCACCCCACUGAUGUGACUUUUCCUAGUGGGCCCAGUUGGCAGGCCUCACUGUUCGUCAAUGGAGCCCUUGGCAGGAGCCGAGGGACAGUGGCAGUCGUGCCUCCCCUUGCCGCCGCCACUCCUUCUGCCUACUGCUAACCUGCAUGCCGUGGACGCCCUGGAGACGCCCAGAGGACUGACCAUCUGAGCCAACUUGCCUCGAGCACUGAGUCCCUCAAGAUGUGGCUGGAGUGGCUGGUGGCCUGGAGCUGGUCUCUGGACGGCCUGAGGGACUGCAUUGCUACUGGUAUCCAGUCUGUGCGGGACUGCGACGGCACAGCCGUCGUCACCGUGGCCUGCCUGCUCGUCCUGUUUGUGUGGUACUGCUACCAUGUGGGCCGCGAGCAGCCCCGCCCCCACGUGUCGGUCAACUCCCUCCUGCAGGGCGUGGAUGCCAACGGGCUGCAGAAUGGAUCCAUGUACUGCCAGUCACCGGAGUGUGCGCGCUGCACGCACCACGAAGGCCUCAACCAGAAGCUCUACCACAACCUGCAGGAAUACGCCAAGCGGUACUCGUGGUCCGGCAUGGGCCGCAUCCACAAGGGCAUCCGGGAGCAGGGCCGCUACCUCAGCAGCCAGCCCUCCAUCCAGAAGCCCGAGGUCUUCUUCCUGCCUGACCUCCCCACUACGCCCUACUUCUCCCGGGACGCCCAGAAGCACGACGUGGAGCUGUUGGAGCGGAACUUCCAGGCCAUCCUCUGCGAGUUCGAGACUCUCUACAAAGCCUUCUCUAACUGCAGCCUCCCUCAGGGGUGGAAAGUGAACAGCACCCCCAGCGGGGAGUGGUUCACCUUUGACUUUGUCAGCCAGGGCGUUUGUGUCCCCAGGAACUGCAGGAAGUGCCCACGGACUUACCGCUUGCUCGGCAGCCUCCGGACCUGUAUUGGGAACAAUGUUUUCGGGAACGCCUGCAUCUCAGUGCUGAGUCCUGGGACUGUGAUCGCGGAGCAUUAUGGACCCACAAACAUCCGCAUCCGGUGCCACCUAGGCCUGAAGACUCCCAAUGGCUGCGAGCUGGUGGUGGGGGGCGAGCCCCAGUGCUGGGCGGAAGGCCGAUGCUUACUCUUUGAUGACUCGUUCCUGCACACUGCGUUCCAUGAAGGUUCCGCUGAGGAUGGCCCACGGGUGGUCUUCAUGGUGGACCUCUGGCACCCCAACGUGGCAGCUGCCGAACGUCAGGCCCUGGAUUUCAUCUUUGCUCCGGGACGAUGAGGACAUCGCCUGGACUGGAGCCAGGCUGAGUGGAUGGGUGGACUGUAGGAUUGCCCACCCUGACCGUGCCCUGAUCCGUGCUGGAAGCGUGAAUGGCUUCCUGCCACUGUGGGGCGUCUUUCCUUUGGUUACUGGGAACUUCCUAGGUUUCUUUCCCCUUCCAGCUAAUUGCUGGGACUUCUGGCCUACUAGUGUGUCCCUUUGGCUGUGACCAGAGGCUCUGUGCCUCUCCUGUCCGUGUCACUACCUGGUGUCCUCUCCGUGUUCUGGAAUAGAGUAACCAAAUGGCUGUUUUGUCUAAA